UUGGCGGCCGGGAAUUUGACCUACGCGAGGCGAGCACUACCCACGCGUCUUCUCCACGCAUCUCUCUCGCUCGAUCUCCCGUCGUUGAGUUUUAUCGCUCCUCCUCCUCCACUUUAUAUAUACCCUCGCCCUCGCCGUCUCCUGUGCUCCCAAUUCCUCGGCAUUAACCGCAUCUUUACACAAAUAUCUGGCAAUGGCGGGGGUUUUCCUCGCACGCUCCGCCUCUCGCCUCUCCUCCUCCUCCUCCGCGCUCUCCCGGUCCGCUUGCCUCCUCCCCUCGCUCUCCUCUUCCUCUCCCGCUCCGCCGCCCUCGAACCCUAGCCCCCGUUCUGCUACCACCUUUCCGCCGCCAGCUCGCCAUCUUGCCGAUUUACGGUCUCCGAUCAGCCACCGCGCCCUCGUCCGCUCCUCCGCCGCCGUCGCCGACCGAUUUGAACGCCGGUUCGCCACCAUGGCCUCGAAGAACUCGUACGAGAGCAUCUUGACGACGCUUUCGAAGCCGGGAGGUGGGGAAUUUGGGAAGUACUACUGCUUGCCGGCGCUAACUGACCCCAGGAUCGAUCGGCUGCCGUACUCGAUAAGGAUUCUUUUGGAGUCGGCAAUUCGGAACUGUGAUGAGUUCCAGGUGACUGGGAAGGACGUGGAAAAGAUCUUGGACUGGGCGAACACCUCGCCUAAGCAAGUUGAGAUUCCCUUCAAGCCUGCUCGUGUUCUCCUUCAGGAUUUCACUGGUGUUCCAGCUGUUGUUGAUCUUGCAUGCAUGCGAGAUGCUAUGAAGAAUCUUGGGAGUGAUCCAAAUAAAAUCAACCCCUUGGUACCUGUGGACCUUGUUAUUGAUCACUCGGUGCAGGUUGAUGUGGCAAGAUCACAAAAUGCAGUGCAGGCAAAUAUGGAACUUGAAUUUCAUCGUAACAAGGAAAGAUUUGGUUUUCUCAAGUGGGGUUCGAAUGCUUUCAGUAACAUGCUUGUGGUUCCACCAGGAUCUGGCAUUGUCCAUCAGGUGAAUUUAGAAUAUCUUGGUCGUGUUGUUUUCAACAACGGGGGACUGCUUUACCCUGAUAGUGUGGUUGGGACUGAUUCUCAUACAACCAUGAUAGAUGGGUUAGGUGUUGCUGGCUGGGGUGUUGGUGGAAUUGAGGCAGAAGCCGCAAUGCUUGGCCAGCCGAUGAGCAUGGUACUGCCUGGAGUUGUUGGUUUCAAACUAGGUGGAAAAUUGAGGAAUGGUGUGACCGCUACAGACUUGGUUCUGACUGUGACCCAGAUGCUUCGGAAGCAUGGAGUCGUUGGGAAGUUUGUUGAGUUUUAUGGAGAAGGCAUGAGUGAACUUUCUUUAGCAGAUCGUGCCACUAUUGCAAAUAUGUCCCCUGAGUAUGGAGCAACUAUGGGUUUCUUCCCAGUUGACCAUGUCACACUCCAGUAUUUGAAACUGACUGGAAGAAGUGAUGAGACUGUGGCCAUGAUAGAAACAUACUUACGAGCCAAUAAAAUGUUUGUUGACUACAGUCAGCCACAAACUGAAAGAGUAUACUCAUCUUAUUUGGAGUUGAAUCUGGAAGAUGUAGAACCAUGCAUAUCAGGACCUAAAAGGCCUCAUGAUCGAGUCCCUUUGAAGGGAAUGAAAUCAGAUUGGCAGACUUGUUUGGACAACAAAGUUGGCUUCAAGGGUUUUGCUGUGCCAAAAGAAUCACAGAACAAAAUUGCAGAAUUUUCUUUCCGUGGUACACCUGCCCAGAUUAAGCAUGGUGAUGUUGUGAUUGCUGCAAUUACCAGUUGCACGAACACAUCAAAUCCUAGUGUAAUGCUUGGAGCUGCUUUGGUUGCAAAGAAGGCUUGUGAGCUGGGUCUUGAGGUGAAACCAUGGAUUAAGACUAGUCUUGCUCCAGGUUCUGGAGUUGUGACUAAAUACCUGGAGAAGAGUGGUCUGCAGAAGUACUUGGACCAGCUGGGUUUCAAUAUAGUUGGAUAUGGGUGCACUACCUGCAUUGGAAAUUCUGGUGAGCUGGAUGAAGCAGUAUCAGCUGCCAUAUCUGAGAAUGACAUAGUUGCUGCUGCUGUGUUGUCUGGGAAUAGGAACUUUGAGGGGCGUGUACAUCCUUUGACCAGAGCAAAUUAUCUUGCAUCACCUCCCCUUGUGGUAGCUUAUGCUCUUGCUGGCACGGUUGACAUUGACUUUGAAAAAGAACCUAUAGGGACCUCGAAGGAUGGAAAGAAGGUUUACUUCAAGGAUAUUUGGCCCUUGAAUGAAGAGAUAGCAGAUGUUGUACAAUCUAGUGUGCUUCCAGACAUGUUUAAGGAAACAUACAAGGCAAUAACCAAAGGGAAUCCCAUGUGGAACCAGCUGUCAGUGCCAUCUAGUACUCUCUACACAUGGGAUCCUACAUCAACAUACAUUCAUGAACCUCCUUAUUUCAAGGACAUGACGAUGUCACCCCCCGGUCCACAUCCUGUGAAAGAUGCUUAUUGCUUGCUGAACUUCGGUGACAGUAUCACAACAGAUCACAUUUCACCUGCCGGAAGCAUUCACAAGGACAGUCCAGCUGCCAAGUACUUGAUGGAGCGUGGUGUUUCUCCGAAAGACUUCAACUCAUACGGGAGUCGCCGAGGAAAUGAUGAGGUUAUGGCAAGGGGAACAUUUGCAAACAUUCGCCUCGUUAACAAGUUCUUGAAAGGAGAAGUUGGUCCCAAAACCAUUCACGUUCCCUCUGGCGAGAAACUUUCUGCAUUUGACGCUGCCACGAGAUACAAAAGCGAGGGGCAUGAUACUAUCGUAUUGGCAGGUGAAGAAUAUGGAAGUGGAAGUUCUCGUGACUGGGCCGCAAAGGGCCCGAUGCUACAGGGUGUCAAAGCAGUGAUAGCGAAAAGCUUUGAGAGAAUUCACCGUAGCAACCUUGUCGGCAUGGGAAUUAUCCCCUUGUGUUUCAAGCCUGGGGAAGACGCAGAGACCCUCGGCUUGACAGGUCAUGAACGUUACACCAUCCACCUACCAAGCAAUGUGAGUGAUAUCAAACCCGGACAGGAUGUCACAGUGACGACAGAUACUGGCAAGUCAUUCACAUGCACGGUUCGCUUUGACACUGAGGUGGAGCUAGCAUACUACAACCACGGUGGAAUUCUGCCAUACGUCAUUAGGAGCUUGAUCAAAGCCAAUAAUUAAUUUUGAGCACGGAUCGACAAGGAGCCGUUCCUGUAUAACAUCGUCUUUUCAUUUUUAUUUAUCGGGUUUAAAAUAUUUCAUUGUGUGCGUUUGGGCACAGGCAUUGUGAAAUCGGUCUUGGGUUUUUUCCAUCAAACCGGCCCAAGAAAUAAAAAGGGCACCACCACCUGAUAACCCUCAAGAGAUUUUUAUCACAUUAAGUGCUUCAGCACAUGAUGAUGGCUCGUCGAUGAUGAUAGGAAAUUUAUUUGCUGGACUGAUCAAAUCAAGUUGCUAUGUUGAGCCAUUACUUUCCGUCAAGUCGUCUUGAUCCAUAUGUGUGGCUCUCAACUUUUUAAGGUUAAAGGACUGCUGGUUGUUUUUAAUAUGCAUCAUAAUUUUCACCAUCCUUUUCUUUGUGGUUACCACCAGCUGAUCAAACCGUCCAUGUGAAUCCGACGGUAACAAAUGAUGCGAUAAAGACAAGACGGUGUUCAGUUUGAUUAGUUUUCUUUAAUUGGUAUUCGACACGCAACCUUGUAACUACCCCUCUCGCUCGAUGGCUACCAUCUGAUCCUCUCUAUCUCUCUCUCUCUCUCUCUCCAUUCUGCUUCGUCCUCUGCUCUCCGGUCUUACUGCGCGUGGUGGCCUCGUUAACGCGUCCGUCAGAUGUUCUUCACUCAACAUGCGGCUGCCCUCGACGAUUUCCAAUCGAUGGCCAGCAACCGUGGUGCAUCGGCGUCGGAGGACGAUAACUUUUUGACUUCCUCAUGGACGAGGCUGCUCUCUGUGCCUUUGACGAGUCAUCCGUGAUUCCGCUAUUGAUGCCAAGUGAGAGCGGUCGGCGGACGACCGAUAUAUAAUGCAUUCCGUCAAGCAGGCCAAGCAUAGGACGUAGCAGCCGGCUGCCGGAGGAGCUUGCCGACUUCCAGGCAAGGAAGUCGAAGAAACCAGUCGCUGCUACCCACUUCCACUUCCAAGUUUUACAAGCAACCGAUCGGCUACAGUAAUCAGAUUUCAUCUCUCUUGAUCCCUCUGUAAUUGACACUGUAGCCAAUAAAUUUCAUCAAGAAGAUUGCUCCAUAGUGGGUGGAGCACUGGGUUGAAAUGGAGAGAUUCCGCAGCCGGUUUGGACCAGAUACAAUGGCAGACCAGUGGAGACGUCAUUUGGUGGGCCCCUUUGAUGACACUCCAACUUUGUUCAGCAGGAAGAAAACGACGUGAGAUGGAGAAGAUGAAGCCAAGGCUUAUAAAGCUGAAAGGAAGUAGAAGCGCACAAGGCAUGUAGAGGAAGGAUCACAACUCCACUUCAGAUCGGUAGAUUGCAACACCAGUUUCCGAGAUUCUUCAAUAUAGUAUUUGUCUACAUACAUGUUACGGUAAAGAGAGAACCGCAGCAGGGCCAAGGAAAAGAAGCGGCAUGGAGACGGCAAAGACCGGUGCACAGAAGAAGCCUGCCAUCUUCCGAAAGAAGGCAUCAGCUCCACCACCGCCUCCGCCGCCGCUGUGGGCGCCGUCGGCGGCUAGAAGACCGAUCAAGGUGAGGAGUUCCACGAGGGACGAGAUCGACCGGUACUGGCGGAUGAGAAGAAUGAUCGAGGAGGACCACCUCCUCUUCGCGCAGAAGGCGGCGGCCAGGAUCAGGGCCAAGGCUCUCAAGGAGGAAGACCAUCGACGAUUCGAGGAGCUGCUGCAGAAGAUGAUGGAUGAAGAGGAGGAACAGACGGGCGGCGGCGGAAACAAGGAGCUACCGAUAGGAAUCAAGGACUGGUGGACCAGAAGCAAGUAUGCGUAUCUGAACCAGCCGACGAUCGUAUCCACGGGGGAGACCGCGGCACCAAAGCGACCUGCUUUUGUACCUCUCCCCGGCCAUGGAGCACUGCUGUGCCACAUCAUUCGGAGUUCACUAGACGCGCGAGCUCAGAUGAUGGCGGCCGAGACCGACACGCCCGGCGUUAAUCCUCCUCUCUAACAAACGCAUAUAAAUAUGCAUUUGGGACAUCAAACAAUUGCUCAUGUGAUGGUGUAUGCUUUGCACAGAAGAUUCAGUUUGCUAAUUGUGUGUCUAUAAUGCUUUAAUAAGUCUUUUCUUUUGUGUGGUUUGAUCACAUUUCA